AUGCUGCUUCUAGCUUCAGCUUUUUUCCUAAUACUACUGCAGUGCUCUAAUGCCCAAAACAAAACAAGCAUUACGCCUGCAGACUGUAAUACCAUUGAAACAGAUGCAGGAGUGGCCCUGGAUUUGGUCAACAGACACCGCAGAAGUGGCUAUGUUUUUGGGUUAUUCCGUGUUGCUGAUGCACAUGAACUACAUAUAGGAAAUUCAUCUUUCCUCUACUUUACUUUGGAUGUGCUGGAAACUGAAUGCCCUGUAUUAUCCAGAAGACACUGGGCGUCUUGUGAAUACAGUGACACCUAUUCCAUGGACUUUGGGCAGUGUAAGAUUAUCAUGCAUACAAGCCAUCUGCGGGAGAAACCUAAACUAUAUGGAUUUAACUGUACAUUAAGUCCAGUUCCGCCAGAUUUAUUAGAGUGCAAAGAUUGUCCUGUGAAAGUUGAAAUCUUAGAAGUCACCGAGCAAUAUAAAAGUAUUGCUGCAAAGGCCCUGGAGAAAUUCAACAAUGAGGGUAACCACACAAACUAUUUUGGUGUGGACAAAGUUGAAAAGAUUUUAAAGAUGGUUGCCUCCCAUGAAGGUCACAUUUUAGGAUUUUCUAUAAAAGAGACCAACUGUUCCAAAUCCGCACGACAAGCAGAUCAGACAUUGGAAUGUGAUUUUCUGGAUGACUGGCAUACUCAUGUGGGAUUCUGCAAGGCAAGAAUUAUCAGUGGCUCAGAUGAACCUGAUGGAACAGAUAUAAGCUGUGAAAUCUACCAUCCCUUGAAGCAUGGCUAUGGGAAAAGAUGUAGAUAUUCAGCUCUGGGACAACCACACAGACAUACCCAUCAUCAUUUUGGUCACAGACAUCAUCACAGACAUCAUCACAAGCAUGGAUGUCCACCCUCUUCUCAGUCGAGACCUGAAGACCCUGAGCAUAACCAUAGUUUCAACGAAGAACAUCAAGACAGCCAUGAAGAACCUGCUCCUCCUCCCCCCAGUGGUGCACCACAUCAUCACCCUCACCCUCCACACCACUGUCCUCCACCCCCUCCCCAUGGUGGACCACAUCAUCCCCCUCCUCCUUACCAUGAUGGACCACAUCAUCCCCCUCCUCCUUACCAUGAUGGACCACAUCCUCCUCCCCAAGAAGAAUCACAACAUUCCCCUUCUGCUCCUCCUCCCCAUGAUGCACCACAUCCUCCUCCUCUUGAUCCCCACCAUGGACCACACUGUCCUCCUCAUGGGCCACAUCACCACCAUCCUCCUCCCCACCAUGGACCACACUGCCCUCCUCCUCCUCAUGGACCACAUCACCACCAUCCUCCUCCCCACCAUGGACCACACUGUCCUCCCCCUCCUCAUGGACCACAUCACCACCAUCCACCUCCCCAUCAUGGACCACACUGUCCUCCCCCUCCUCAUGGACCACAUCACCACCAUUCUCCUCCCCAUCAUGGACCACAUCACCCUCCUCAUUUCCACGAUCACAAUUAUAGACAUCACUGCAACAAGACAAGCAUGUCGGGAAAGUAUAUUCCAUUUCAAAUAACAGAAGCUCUCUAUCGCAUUCCAGUUCUAAAUCAGCAGGAUUCUCUCACACCUCCCCUUGCAAACUUUCCUAAUCUAUUCCAAAGCAACCAUCACUCUGCUGAAGGUAUUCCCUUCACUGGCUCAAGACUAAAGGACAUGACAGAAGCUCAAGGUUUUCUAGAUCAGCUUACACAAUCAAAAUCAUGCCCAGGAACGCCCAAACUUGUUCUUCCAAAACUUUUGCCCUUAUUUCCACAUAGCUCCAUGGCAGAAAAAUCUGCAUGA